CUCGCCUUCCCCCCCCUUGAGGGGGAGGGGAGAAGAGCCGUCUCCGCGCUUUUCCCUCCAGUUUGCGCCUAUGGCUCUUUUUCCCCCGAGCCAUCCCUGAAAAAUACAACCCGCCUCGGACCAGGUGACAUCCCCCCGCCUCCACACGCGCGCGCACACACACGGGAGCGAGGCAGGGCGAGCGCUCGCCUGCGAGAAAAUGGAGGGACCCUCCGGCUCCGCGGAGGAAGCGGAGCUGCCGCUCCUCACCGUCAAGCACGAGCUGAAGAACGCAAAUUUGACAGGCCAUGCAGAGAAAGUUGGCAUUGAAAACUUUGAACUCUUGAAAGUUCUUGGAACAGGGGCCUAUGGAAAAGUGUUCCUAGUAAGGAAAGUAAGUGGCCAUGAUGCUGGAAAACUGUAUGCCAUGAAAGUACUGAAGAAAGCGACAAUAGUUCAAAAAGCCAAAACAACUGAGCACACAAGGACAGAACGACAAGUAUUGGAGCAUAUUAGGCAAUCACCAUUUUUAGUCACAUUGCAUUAUGCCUUUCAGACGGAUACAAAGCUUCAUCUCAUUUUAGACUAUAUAAAUGGAGGAGAAUUGUUUACUCACCUUUCACAAAGAGAGAGAUUCUCAGAAAAUGAAGUACAGAUUUACAUUGGAGAAAUUGUUUUGGCACUUGAACAUCUGCACAAGUUGGGAAUUAUAUAUCGGGAUAUAAAACUUGAGAAUAUUCUCCUUGAUUCUGAUGGCCAUGUGGUGCUGACAGACUUUGGUCUGAGCAAGGAGUUUCUUAAUGAUGAGAAUGAGAGAGCAUAUUCCUUCUGUGGAACAAUAGAAUACAUGGCUCCAGAUAUUGUAAAAGGAGGAGAUACAGGGCAUGAUAAGGCUGUUGAUUGGUGGAGUGUUGGUGUUCUCAUGUAUGAAUUAUUAACUGGAGCAUCACCAUUUACAGUUGAUGGAGAGAAAAAUUCCCAAGCAGAGAUUUCUAGGAGAAUAUUAAAAAGCGAGCCACCUUAUCCACAAGAAAUGAGUGCAUUAUCUAAAGAUAUAAUUCAGCGUCUUUUGAUGAAAGAUCCCAAGAAGAGACUAGGUUGUGGUCCAACUGAUGCUGAUGAAAUCAAACAACACCCCUUUUUCCAGAAUUUAAAUUGGGAUGAUUUAGCUGCCAAAAAGGUAUCAGCUCCAUUUAAACCAGUAAUCAGAGAUGAAUUGGAUGUCAGUAACUUUGCAGAAGAGUUUACAGAAAUGGAUCCAACAUAUUCUCCUGCAGCCACCCCACAGACUUCAGAAAAAAUAUUUCAGGGAUAUUCUUUCGUUGCACCUUCUAUUUUGUUUAAACGCAAUGCAGCUACAGUAGAUCCUGUUCAGUUUCAUAUGGGGGAUGAACGACCUGGAAUUGCAACUAUUGCCAGAAGUGCUAUGAUGAAGGACUCUCCAUUUUAUCAUCAUUAUGAACUGGAUCUGAAAGAGAAACCAUUGGGAGAAGGAAGUUUUUCCAUUUGUCGAAAGUGCUUACACAAGAAAACUAGCCAAGAGUAUGCAGUAAAAAUAAUUAGCAAAAGAAUGGAAGCCAACACCCAGAGAGAGAUAACAGCUCUGAAGCUCUGCGAAGGACACCCCAAUGUAGUGAAGUUGCAUGAAGUUUAUCAUGAUCAGCUUCACACAUUUCUAGUGAUGGAGUUGCUGAAGGGAGGAGAAUUGCUUGAACGUAUUCAGAAGAAACAACACUUCAGUGAGACAGAAGCCAGUCAUAUUAUGCGCAGACUUGUUUCAGCUGUGAGCCAUAUGCAUGAUGUAGGAGUAGUCCAUAGAGAUCUGAAACCUGAGAAUUUAUUGUUUACAGAUGAAACCGAUAAUUCAGAAAUAAAAAUAAUUGAUUUUGGGUUUGCUCGUUUAAAACCACCUGAUAAUCAGCCCCUUAAGACUCCAUGUUUUACUCUUCAUUAUGCUGCCCCAGAACUCUUGAAUCACAACGGUUAUGAUGAAUCCUGUGACCUCUGGAGUUUGGGGGUCAUUUUGUAUACAAUGCUGUCAGGACAGGUACCAUUUCAGUCUCAAGACAAAAGUUUAACGUGCACCAGUGCAUUGGAAAUUAUGAAGAAAAUAAAAAAGGGAGAAUUUUCCUUUGAAGGAGAAGCUUGGAAAAAUGUUUCUGAAGAGGCCAAAGAGUUAAUUCAAGGACUUCUGACAGUGGAUCCAAACAAAAGAAUCAAAAUGUCCAGCUUGAGAUACAAUGAAUGGCUCCAGGAUGGCAGCCAGCUGUCCUCCAACCCUUUAAUGACUCCUGAUAACUUAGGUUCUUCAGGAGGUGCAGUGCAUACAUAUGUCAAAGCCACUUUUCAUGCCUUUAACAAGUACAAAAGGGAAGGAUUUUGUCUCCAGAAUGUUGACAAGGCACCUCUUGCAAAAAGAAGGAAAAUGAAAAAGACAAGUACGAGCACAGAGACACGUAGCAGCUCCAGUGAAAGUUCACAUUCUUCUUCUUCUCAUUCUCAUGGUAAAACUACUCCUACAAAGACGCUGCAGUCAACAAACCCUACAGACAGCAAUAACCCAGAAACCAUCUUCCAGUUCUCUGACUGAAAAGCAGAGAAUAUCCUGUCUAGAAGACUUAAGUGUUUAUAAACUUGGUAGUAGCUAUAUUGUCCUCUCCCAUCCUUCCUCCCUGUGGCUUACAAGCUACAGGAAUAUGUCUGUUGCUUUAAAAAUGUAUUUCAGUCAUACUUUUUAGCUUUGUACUUCAAUACAUUGUUUUUAGCAUUAGGUUUGGUAUCACUGGAUAUAGUAUAAUACUAUUAUACAACCAGCAUUGUACUCUCUUAGGGCUAAAAUACUAGUGUGCAGUCAAGCUCAAAUUAAGGAGCUUUGCUGCUCAUGGUACAGCUUAGUGGAAGAUUGUUUCUUGGUGUCAAAAUCUUCCUCCCAGUUUCUUUCCCACGGUUCAAAGAAAGGAAUGUUCUGUAAAAGGUAUAAAUUUACUGAAUCUUGUGCUUUUGCCCAGCUGUCAAAAGAACGUCAUAGAAUUUGAUUCUUCCUUCAUGUAAGGAAACAUUGGUACAGUACACCAAACCAAUAUAAUUCUUGAAGACCUUUUAAAUUGAUAAUUACGUUCUGUCUCAUUUAUUUGAAAUCUAAGAAGAAAAGGAGGCAUUAUGGGAAUCCUCUCUUGUAUUGUUAUUUUUAAAAGUUACUCCAUAUAUCUUGUUUUAAACAACUGGGAAUAUGUCUUAGAUAUUUCUUUUUAUUUAUUUUUUUAAACCUCUAAAGUAAUGGAUGUCUAAUAAGAUGAAGCGACUAGUACUGUGAUGCAAUAUUGUUAUUUUUACUUUCUGUAGUUAUUGACUUUUAAAAUGUUUUACAGAUUCUAAAAUGUAAUGAUAAUAAUGGAGAAAGUGAAAUUUCAUAUUGAGUGCUUUGGAAAAUGGUCACAUGU